UUUAAAAGUAAUUAAAUCACAAAUUAUUGUUAUUUUACAAUGUGUUUGUGGAUCCCAUUAAGUGCCCCGGUCAAUGAUGGUCAACACACGUGGUUGGAGUUAUGGGCCACCCGUAUAGCCACCGUAAUGGGCCUGGUACUAUUUAUUGAUGCAUUUCUCACGGUGUUUUGGUCGCAAUGUAUAGCAUCGGCAAUAAUGCAAAUGUUGGCCGCUCUCAUUAUCAUAAGCAUAGAGGGACCUACAUUUGUGGACUUCCUAUCAUUCGCACUACCCGUUAGCCAGAUCAUUGGUCUGAAGUCUCUAUGGCAUAAAGUGGCACUGUAUGCCAUAUUAACCUUGCUACCAUUUGUCGUUGGACUCAGUUUUGGUUGCAUUCACACGGCAUUUAUCGUAGGCUUUUUCGAGUCUCUAUUUGUGACGGGUAUAUAUUUGUACCUGGCUCUAUCACCCCAAAUUAAAGGUACUAGUUCGGGUGUAGGCGCUGGUGAUAUUGAUGUCAUGUCACCCGCACCGCCACCAUAUCCCGGUGGUAAUGAUACCGGUGCUGGAAGUGGUGGCAUAUCUGUAGUCACUUUUCCGAAGCCGUCAUACCCUUACGGAUAUACUACCCAACCCGGUGCCAAUGCUAAUGUUGACCAUUCGCAAAUCGCCAAACUGUAUUGGAUAUUAGGGGAAAGUUUAGGGGUCGAAGCGGUCGGUGAACACGAUUUAGGUAGACCACCAGGUGCCCGAUUUAAGGUCAGUGUGACCAGAUCCCAAUUCUAUUGA